CAAAAAAAAACGUCUCUCUCUCUCUCUCCUCUUUCUCUCUCUCUCUUCCCCUCUCACCGUCGUGGAAUGGCAACACAAGGGGUGGCUCAGCCAUCGGCGAAGAAACGAAGCUUCCUCCUCCGUGAUAUCUUCAAACUUUGCCGUUCAAUCUCAAGGGUUUUCCCUCGUGACAAACCUAAUCAUAUUCACAAGGCUAAUAAACACGAACGUAAGCUUCACACAGAAUCCAAACGCCAUGAAGAACACAGACUCAACGUCCCAAAUGAUCCAAACGCCUUCAAUUUCCAGCAACCAAAGGCGGUGGCGAAUAAGGUGGAAGGUGUGAGUCUUUGCAAGGUUCGUAGCUAUAGAUUCGACGACAACACGAAUUUCGCUGGGAGCAAGAAGCCGAUAUCUCUUUCAAGAAGUUGCAGCCAGAACACGGCCAGGACGAAUCCGAAUCCGACAAUGCGGAGAUUAUCGUUUGUAGGAAGGAGCAAAAGCAUCAGCAACAGGACGGAUUCAGCUGGAUUUAUGCCGACACUUAUGAGAUCGACGAGCACGGUGCCAAGGAGCUUAGCAAACCCAAUCUUGUACUCGAGCUCAUCCGCGAAAGUGGCUAAACCUCAACCAACAGAGAAGAAACUAAGAUGCACGCUCGAGGAGCUAUGUAACGGAUGCACUAAGAAGAUCAAGAUCAAGAGAGAUGUGAUUACAACCUCAGGACAAAUGAGCGAGGAGGAAGAGACGGUGGAGAUAAAGGUGAAACCGGGAUGGAAAGGAGGAACGAAAGUAACAUUCGAAGGAAAAGGAAACGAAGCCAUGGGGAGUGUACCAGCUGAUUUGACAUUUGUGAUAGUCGAGGAAGAGCAUAAGGUGUUUAGAAGAGAAGGAGAUGACCUAGAAAUGUCUGUUGAAGUCUCUCUUCUCGAAGCGUUGACGGGAUUCGAGCUCACUGUUGAUUUACCUGACGGUGACAACAUGAGGUUGAAGAUAGAGGACAUUAUCGACCCUGGAUAUGUUACAGUGGUUCAAGGCAAAGGUAUGCCAAAUCCAAAGGAGAAAGGGAAGAAGAGAGGAGAUUUGAGAAUUCGGUUUCGGACUAAGUUCCCACAGAAACUUACAGAUGAUCAAAGGGCAGAGAUUCAGAGCAUUCUUCAAGAUUCUUCUUGAUCGGUUUGCUAGUUGUCUUUCUUUCCCUUUUUAAGGGAGCUUUUACAACAUGGUUAGAUAAAAAGUUGAAAGAGACUCUUUAUUG